AUGAGUCACGCCGCGUCGUCAGUUCAUGCGCCAGUGGCUUCGAGAAAGAAUCCGUCGAGGAUGUCGGGCGAGCAGCACAGGGAAGCUGUAGCCGAGAAUGCCAGCGAAUACGUGAAACUCAACGUCGGCGGGUCGUUGUACUGCACGACCAUCGGCACUCUGACCAGGAAGGACAGCAUGUUGCGCGCCAUAAACCUUUUGAGCCAGCAAACAUUUUAUGAAACUUUGCCAGUCUGCAGAAAAUUUGGUGGUCUGCAAAAGAUGCAUGGGAAUUUGCCAGUAUGCAGGCCCAACAAGAUUGGGGAACACUGCGGAUGGAUUUUGAUUGAUCGUGGUGGGAAACACUUUGGCACGAUUUUGAACUUCCUGAGGGACGAUUCAGUGGAACUGCCGAGCACGAGGAAGGAUCUCAUGGAGCUGCUUGCUGAAGCCAAUUUCUACCUCAUCAAGGACCUGGUGGAGGCCUGUGUGGCAGCGCUGAAGAACACCGUGGAUGUGCCCUUGUGCACUGUUUCCUUGAUCAGUUCCCCCGAGGAGAGCCAGAAACUCAUUUCUUCCACCACCAAGCCAAUUGUGAAGCUGUUGGUGAACCGGCAAAACAACAAGUAUUCCUACACCAGUGCGUCUGAUGACAACCUGCUGAAGAACCUGGAAUUGUUUGACAAGCUGUGCAGACGGUUUCAUGACAGAAUACUAUUCAUCAAGGAUGUCAUGGGCACCAAUGACAUCUGCUGCUGGACUUUCUACGGCCAUGGACAAAAGAUUGCCGAAGUCAGCUGCACGUCCAUUGUUUAUGCCACUGACAAGAAACACACAAAGGUGGAUUUCCCAGAUGCCCGGGUCUUCGAAGAAACCCUAAACGCCCUGCUUUGCGAACCCUGUUCCUGGCCGGAAUGUUGGGAAUCUAUGAAGGUGCUUUCCCUGAAGGGCGGCAAGUGCAAAUGUCAGCUACCUGACCAAAAGCCAGAUGAUGCAGCGAGUGAAGAGCAUCCCCUAAGAGGCAGCAGAGACGAGGCAUCUGGGGAUUCAUCUCUAAGAUGAGAGCUUGUGAUGGGCUUCCCCCUUUUGCUCUGAAUGCGUUUUGCUCAGCAUUUGCUUUGUGAUGUCUCAUGUGUCUGCCCCAGGAGUUGGGGGAAAAAUCUUUUGAUUAUUCCAACCUUUAGAAAUUCUCCUAAAUUUUUGCCAGAUGAAAAUUUUGCUUCAUGAAGAAUCAUGAAGAAUCAAGUUUCGAUAAACAAUAAUUGUAACGUUUAAUUGAACAAAAAAUUAAUAAUAAAUUUGCCUUUUUCCGGGGUGGGGCGGGUAGGAACCAGUGAGCCAAACAAGUAGUGCCGGAUGUUGGACGCUGCUUGUUGACUGCAUUUCUGUGCCAAAUUGUGCCAGAUCAUUGGGUCCACCAUCCUUUUCUGUGGGCUACAGGGCAAGAUGGAUGAAGAGAGGCAAUUGAUUUAACGCAUGGGGCAUAAUAUAAUAUUGAAUUUGAUGAGGAAUGAUGGUGACUUGGGUCUGGCACAGUUUGGCACAUUCCAACAUUCGGCUCUACUUGUUUGGCUCACUGGAAUGAUGGAAAUCAACUAAAUUUAACUUGAAUGACACAAUUAUUAAUUUAAAUUCAUUUGUUUCUAAUUUAUAUUUUUGUGAUGUAAAUGACGAUUAAUUGAUGCAGGAUCUGUCCCUUUUGCUUCUAAAAUUGUUUGAUCAAUGGUUAUGCAAUCGCAUUCCUCUUGAGUGACCUGAUGUAUUCGUUGAAUGUUGGGGAACUUAGUCAGGCUGUUGUGUAAAUAGGUGAUGCACUAAUAAAAUGUGAAAAUUCUGUUAUUGAAA